GUUGUACAAGUCUAUAUACUGGAGCUAACUUGCAGUUCCAUCUGGAUCUGGAGCAGCCGUGGUGGUUCCAGUGACAUGAGUGGACUGACUGGUCGGCCAUCAACCGUACAGCUGUGCCUGCUUCCCAGUGUCCCUCCCUGAGCACUCUCACUUACCAACGAAAACAACAGCGCAUCAGUGGGGAGUGUCAAGAUAUUGUUGAACACAGAAUAGUCUGUGAGCCAGAACUCUCUGAUCGGAUCAUUCUGGCUCUGGGUCUGGGUAGUAGUGAUUCUAUAUCCACUUCAACCCCCCCAUCUGGUCCCACUGGUCAACCGGGCACUACUCCCCUUGGACCCUCUGGUCCACCAAAUUCCCCUCCUCCAACUGGUCCACCUGGUUCAUGCCGGUUGAAGCGCUUACUCAGUUUUAAUGAUAUUAUCAAUCGUCCAACUAAUGGUCCAGGCAACUACAACGUAGUCUGUGUUCCAGCUCCAACAGCGCCACCAGGACUUCCAGGAUCAACAGUACCAGGACCACUAGGCCCACCAGGAGGAGGACCAUUAGGAAAAAGAUCACCAGCAGGGUUAGAAGGGGAUAGAAGUCGUCGACACGCAGAACAAAUCUGCCACGAUUUCUCUGGACAAGGUCGUCGCUCAGUCCGUGAUGAGCUGAAAGGUGCAAAAAUGAACAGACGACAAUCUGCCAAUGAGCCAGAGCCUCUGCCAGUGGAUCCAAUACCUUUCAAUGUUGAGGAACAUGGAUCACGAUACAGACGAAGUCAUCGGGACAACUGUCGAGAACAGUACAUCCUUUUUGUUCUUGAUGCAUCUGGAAGCAUUGAUAAACGAUGGUUUGAUCGAGUGACUGACCUACUCGCGGAACUUGUCCGUUACUUCUGCAAGCCAAUACGAGUGGCCACAAUGACAUUUGAUAACCAAUUUUAUGCCGAGUUCUGUUUCGAUGAGUUCGACAAUAGCCCACUUGGACGAGUAGGGGCUAGUGCUGCCAUAAAUGCCACUGAUUACAGACGCCAUGGGCGUUCGACACACACUGCAGGAGCUGCAAAAUGUGUGUGUGAGUACAUGCUCACUGAUACCUGUGGUUAUCCUGUUAAUGCUGGCUGUACUGAUGUCAUCUUUUUCACUGACGGACGUGCAAAUGAUCCGUCACUUGACAUCUGCACCGAAAUACAGUGUCUCCAUAAUCGCAGGGGGGUAGACACGUUCGCCAUUGGAGUUGGAAACUAUGAUGAUCUUAGUCUGGGAUGCUAUGGCGAGAAUGACUUGCAGCUAGAUGAAUACCAUAUCUUUGAUUUCUCCAACUUUGCUUCACUGGAGCGAGAGUUUAAAAUUGUAAUACAAAAGCUUUUGAAUACUGCUCUCUAUGGGGGGGAGUAUAACUGUACCAGCCCAGGAGUUGACCCACGAGGGCAUUAGAGAGCUGUUCGAGAACAUUAUGAACAUGAACUGGGACAAAAUUUAGUUUAGUUUGCGACUCUAGGUUGUGUAUUAUGUUGUAACAUGCUGUUUGGUAGUGGACUUACUUUUUACAUUGCGCACGCAACUCCAGAUUGUACUGACGCACGCACUGUAUUACAAUUCGCUCGCAAACCUCAGUGUUGUAUGU